AUGGCCUCUAAGAAUUAUUUCAAAAGACUCCUAUUUAUCAUAAUAUGCAUUGCUAUCAUAAGUGUUGGAACAAAUGAUGAACAAGAAGUGCAAAGUUACCAGGUAGUGGGAACGUUGCUUUGUGGAACAGCUCCAGCCAUUGGUGUUCGAGUAAAACUUGUUGAUGAUGAUUUUGGGUCUGAUCCUGAUGACGAUCUCCAUUCUGGUUACACGAACGAACAAGGACGUUUCGAUUUGUCAGGCCAAACAACAGAAUUCACAACGAUCGAUCCUCAUUUGAAAAUAUAUCACGACUGUAAUGAUGGAGUCACUCCUUGUCAACGAAGGUGGAAAUUUGAAUUGCCACACCAUUAUAUCACGAAAGGACGACGCAGACCAUCCAAAGUUUUCGACAUUGGCAUAUGGAACUUGGAAGCAAUUCUUCCCGGUGAAAGCCAUGACUGUAUUCAUUGA